UGUGUUUAUCGGUCGGAUUGCGGAGGCAAGGCAAGUCGGAAGUAAACACCUUUGCGGCGAUCGAUUGAUUCUACGUGCGAAUUGAAGUGAAGAUCAUUGUGAAGGAAACAAACCAACAAUGGAUCCCUUGUCGCUUCUGGUUGCCCAUAUGGACAGCGUUCGAAUUCCCUCGAAGUCAGACAAAGUGUACAAAGAAGAGUGUAUCUAUUCCUUCGAUUCACCUUUAACCUCCACCGGAUUGUAUGUUUGCCUCCAUUCCUUUUUUGGCCUGGGUAAGGAUUUUGUGCUGCCAUACAGCCAGGAAACAAACCGAAACCUGUUUCUUCACUUGAAGCGAGAAAAAAUUCCCAUACCAGUUGAUCAGCAGGGUGAUGGCCCAGAGAAAAAGAUCACCCGCUUAGCCAUUGGAGUGGAUGGAGGAUUUGAUCCAGAUGCUGGACGUAAAAAGUUUGAUAUCAAAGAAACUCAGGAGAUUGUUAUUCUUCCUGACUUUGUUUCGAUUCCUUGGCCCAAUGAUGAUAUCCCUGAUAAGGUUAAAGCUUCAGUCAAUGCUAUUCUUGAAGCUCAGUCAGUUACUGAGGCAGCUGAAUUAGAAUCUAUGACUGGUACUUGGGAUGGUGAAGUAAGGCUUGUUUCUAAGCAUGCUGCCAAUCUACCUCAGCUAGAUAAUGGACGCAAGAUACCCCCAAGUGGCUGGAAAUGUGAAAAGUGUGAUUUGGAAACCAACUUAUGGCUGAAUCUAACAGAUGGCUCUAUUCUAUGUGGCCGAAAAUUUUUUGAUGGAUCAGGUGGCAAUGACCAUGCUGUGGAGCACUACAGAAAUUCAGGCUACCCUUUGGCUGUUAAAUUGGGCACCAUAACUAAGGAUGGAAAGGGUGACGUGUUCAGUUAUGAUGAAGACGACAUGGUUGAAGAUCCACAUUUGAGGGAACAUCUAGCUCACUGGGGUAUUAACAUUGCUAACUUAGAGAAGACUGACAAAUCAAUGGUGGAAUUGGAACUGUCUCUAAAUCAGAAAAUGGGGGAAUGGUCCACUUUGCAAGAAUCUGGAAGUCAAUUGAAGCCUCUUUAUGGACCUGGUUAUACUGGUUUAGCAAACCUUGGAAACUCAUGUUACCUUAACAGUGUUAUGCAAGUCAUAUUUGCUAUUCCUGAUUUUGUUGAAAGGUUUGUGGAAGAAGCCCCUAUUAUAUUCCAUAACAUACCUGCUGAUCCCUCCUCUGAUUUUAAUCUUCAAAUGGCAAAGCUUGGCACAGGAAUAUUAUCUGGCAAAUACUCUCAACCUCCUCCAGAAGAAUCAAAAGAUUGUGAGCAAGAGGGAAUUCCAGCUGUUAUGUUUAAGAACCUCAUUGGAAGAAAUUCCGAUUUUGCUACCAAGCGUCAACAAGAUGCACAAGAAUUUUUCCUCCAUCUUGUUAACACUCUUGAACGCAAUUGCCGAAAUUCAAGGAAUCCAGCUGAUUGCUUCAAAUUUAGAGUAGAAGAACGUUAUGAGUGCACAGUUUCGAAAAAAGUACAGUAUCAACACAGGGCAGAGUACAGUUUGCCUCUACCAAUCCCUCUUGAAGCGGCAACCAACAAAGAGGAAGUAGAAGCUUAUGAAAAGAGCAAAAAGGAGGCAGAAGAAAAGGGCAUCAAAUUAGACAAUGUUCCUAUUGUGCGGCCACGCAUAAAACUCACAUCUUGCCUUGAUGUGUUUACUCAGGCUGAGAACAUCAAUGGCUUUUUCAGCACUGCCUGUCAGGCGAAGGUUGUUGCCCAAAAGACCACACGUCUUGCAACAUUCCCUGAUUAUUUGCUCAUUCACCUGAAAAAGUUCACAAUCCAGGAGGACUGGACACCGAAAAAGCUGGAUGUUGCUGUUGAGGUGCCGGAUGAACUGGACUUGUCCAGUCUGCGAGGGACAGGGAUGAGGCCAGAUGAGGAAGCUUUGCCUGAGCAUACCUCAACUCCACCUGCCCCAGUUUUUGAUGAAGCACUAAUGUCUCAGCUCAUGGAAAUGGGUUUCCCCAAGGCGGCUUGUGACAAGGCACUUUACUUCACCAACAAUUCUAGCCUGGAGGCUGCAACCAAUUGGAUAAUGGAGCAUAUUGCUGAUGCCGAUCUGAGUGAUCCAUUUGUGCCUCCUGGUCAUGCUUCUUCAGGGAAGGAUGGGUUUGUACCCAAUGAAGAAAAUCUUGCUCAGUUAUUAAAUCUAGGUUUCUCAAGAGCUCAUUCCAUUAAGGCAUUGAAAGCAACAGACAACAUGCUAGACCGUGCUGCUGAUUGGGUGUUCAGUCAUCCUGAGGAACUUGAUGAUGAUUCAGCGUCUGGGAGCAACCAGAUAUCAGAGCCUGAAUUCCGUGAUGGCAACACUUUGUAUCGCCUGGUUGCUUUUAUCUCUCACAUGGGAACUUCCACCAUGGUGGGACAUUAUGUGUGCCACAUCCGCAAAGAUGGGCAAUGGGUUAUUUACAAUGACAACAAAGUAGCAGUUUCUGAAAACCCACCGAAAGAACUUGGUUACCUCUAUCUCUAUGAAAGAGUAAAGUCAUCUUAAUUGUGAUUUUUUUUCAACUUUGAGUAAAUGUGUGAUGUUUUCUUUUAAAAAUAGUGUAUUUACACAUUGCUGAAGUCUCUUAAUGUUUAAGGUUUGUUUGUAACUAUUGUCGUUUUGUGCUUUUAAUCAGAACAUAAGUGUUCAUUAUAAAACUGCUUCUGGUUUUGUAAUUGAGCUAAUUAAUGAUUUUUUGAAACAAGCAAAAAUAAUGUAAAUAGUUAAUGAUAAAAUUUGUAUGUCCAUGCAUGACGCAAAAGAGAAAAAAAAGUCUUUAUCUGACAAGAAUUUUGUUCUUCUGUAAAUUAGAAAUCUUCUGAAAUCUUU